CGUCGGAGUUAAAUACUCGGGUCUGCAAGAAGUCUGUACAACUCGUCGGCUGGGUGGUCGUGCAGGUGUAGUGAUCGCAGAUUGUUUCUAUCUAAAAAGCAUUUAUUUCUGAAUCAACAUGUCAGGAAAAGUCGUGCUGUAUUACUUUGACGGACGAGGGAAAAUGGAGUCCAUAAGGUGGCUGUUGGCUGUUGCUGGUGUUGAGUUCGAAGAGGUGUUUCUGACCACAAGGGAGGAAUAUGAAAAAAUGGUGAAUGAUGGAGCUCUACUGUUUCACCAGGUUCCAAUGGUGGAAAUGGAUGGAAUGAAGCUGGUACAGUCAAAGGCCAUCAUGAAUUACAUAGCAGAGAAAUAUAACCUCUAUGGAAAGGACCUUAAAGAGAGAGUUAUGAUUGAUAUGUAUGCCGAGGCUGCUCGAGACAUCAUGGACAUGAUGCUGCCACUGCCCUUUGUACCACCAGAGAAAAAACAGAAUCAGCUGGAAAAUUUGCAGGUCAAAGCCAAACUCCGCACUCUUCCAGCUUUUGAAAAGGCUCUCGGUGCUUCUCAGUUCCUCGUGGGUAACCAGCUGAGCUGUGCUGAUGUCAACUUCUUUGAAGCCUCUCUGAUGCUGGAAGAGGAGUUGCCCACAAUACUGUCAUCCUUCCCCAACAUCCAGGCAUUCCAAAAGAGAAUGAAAGCCAUUCCAGCAAUCAGCAAAUUUCUGCAGCCUGGCAGCCAGAGAAAGCCUCGGCCCGAUGGAGUCUAUGUAAAAACUGUAAUGGAUGUAUUGAGCCAUUUGUUCAAGUAGGAAUCUGUUGAGAACAUUCACAAAUCAGUAAAGCACUUAGAUGUCUAAUUGUGCCUUAUGUAGAAGGGGGGAUUGUUUAUAGCUACAGGAAUGAUUAUGUAAAAGUUUGGUGCUACAGGCAUUUCUGAGUUUUAUCUGCAAGUGUCAGUCAUACAGAAGCCCUGGUGACCUAUAGUGCUUUGGACAUUGUUAUUACAUUGACAUAAACUAAUAAUACACUUGUACUGUUAGUACUAAUGAGUUCAAUUUCAGAUGAGCUACUGAAUGACUUCAUGUACGCUGUCAACCUAGUGAGCCAGGUACAGGAUUAUCUCUACAAUAGCUGUGUGUAAUCAUUACACUGCAUAAUGUAGUCAAAUAGGUAGGCAAGGCAGCCAGUAGGGAAUGAGUGACUGUGCAAUAACAGUGUUUAUUACAUUGACUGCAAGUCUUGAUAUGUCUGUUAUAUCUGUGCAUUUCCAGCAUUAAAUGUAUUUCUAGAAACUG